AUCACUGACAAGGAAGUGCAUGACUCAGCGCACAUUUGGUAUGUGGAAGUGUGCCAGUAUAAAAGUGUGUGAGCUAGAAGUUUGUCCACAUACGAUCUGACAACAUGAAGGUUCUGCUGCUCUCUGUGCUGGUCCUGCUGCUGUGUAGCACUCAUGUGCUCACGCUUCAGUGCUACACCUGCGAAAGUGACAGUGAUCAAAUCUGUAAGACGGUGACAGUAUGCAGCGAUACAGCCCAGUACUGUAAAACUGUUCUGCAUGGGGAUGUGAUUUCUCGAACUUGCGAGGAGUUCUGUGCUCAGGACUAUUUCACAACUUGCUGCCAAGAGGACCUAUGUUAGACCUGAUGCAUCAAUCAGCCUUCACUUUCACUUUUAAGAUCUACACCGAAUGGAAAAACGAUUUUGAUUAAUCUGAAUAUGAUGUAAAAUUAUUUGUUAUAUUAUCAAAAUUCAAUAUUGACAAUCCUGUCUUUGAUUUUUGCUUUUGAUUUAAAUAUAUUAAUUCUGAUUUAGAACUGUUAAUCCUCAUAUAUGAUCCCAUGGCCUUCUUAAACUGCGCAGCGGACGCUGAAAGCAGGACAACCACUCACUCACACUCUUAAUCCCUUCCCGAUGUCACUUAAUGGGUCACCGCAACAGCCUGCUGCUAUGUGGGUCACUGUCUGUCACUAAUCUUAUGUAAAGUUGGGCUCCUGUACUCAUCUGUUGUAAACUCAUUAAAGAGAAAUAGUAAAAUGUUAA